GACAGCAGAGGAGGGACGUGUCCCCGGCUCUGCAUAAAAAGCCCUCGGUGGGGACGGGGAGCAGGCGGCACCCCAAGAUGAGCUCACACCAGCACAGUCAGAGACGUGGGAGCGGGGCCAUGGAGCAGUACUUCUCGGCCACCCAGAAGAUGGAGCAGGAGGUGAUGUUCCCCAGCCUGCUCCGAGGGGUCUUCCCGCAGCAGGAGGGGGCAGCCCCGGCUCCAGGUGGCCACACGGACCUCUACGAGCGCUACCAGCUCCUCAAGGCCAUCAAGCCCGUGGUGGAGAAAGGCCUGGCCUCUAUCACCGACCAGAUUCAGAGCGACGCUGACACCGACACAUCCUCAGAUGAUGACACCAUGGAUGUCCAGGUGGAGGAGCGUCUGUCCCACCACCUGUCCGGCUUGCAGCAGGUCCUCACCCACCUCACCAGGGACACCAAUGCCCUCACCCGCAGGUACAGCCAGAUCCUGGAGCAGGUCAGCCCCAGCGAGGGGCAGCCCAGCUGGUGACCCUGCCGCGACCACCAGCUGCCGUUGCAGGAUGGGUGCUGGUGGCACAAAGGAGAGGACGUCCCCAUCGCUGACCAUCGUGGGCUCUUCCCCAGCCCCACUUGCCCUCCCCGCACCGCGGCACCUCACCUCCCAGCACGGGCGCCGCACGCCAGAGACAACUGCAGCCACCGAGAACCAGAUGGUGCCUUAUCCUCAUAGGAAGAAGCAUCUGGUCGUGCUGGGAGGUCCAUCGGAAGAGCCAGACGCCUCGUGCCCUUCUCUUUAUUUUCAAAGAGCAGCACGAAGGCGGUGGCAUUGCGCGGUGGCUCUGACCUCCAACGGUCCCUGCGACUGCCGAGCCCUUUUCCAGCUGGUACCUGGACUCUGAGGGGCGUUUUCCCCACUCUUUGCUAAUAAAAUGAGCCCUGAGAAGCC